AGGAAUAUGGCCGCGGCCUUUUGAAAAGUCCAGUUACUAUUUACGCUUACUGUUUUAACCAUUAGCUAGCGACUUUUCUACGCUACUGUUGUUUUUAUGUUUACAUUACUGAGUUCGUUGAGCAGUACCCAAGAACUACGUCAAAGAAAUACAAGGACUACGAGAGCCAGACAUAGACUAUUUGUUAUUAACAGAAAUAAUGCUGAUAUCGGGAACCCAUGUCGAACGUCUAUGAAGAGAGCGCCACAAUGAUCGCCGCAGGGGAAUUGCAGCCGUUUGUACCGUUCGGCCGUGAGCACUGCAAGAACCACCCGAACGCCGUCAACCUGCAGCUGCGCCAGCUUCAGCCGGCGUCCGAGCUGUGGUCCUCGGACGGAGCGGCGGGCCUGGUGGGGUCGCUCCAGGAGGUCACGCUGCAGGAGAGGGAGAGGGAAUGGUGGCGGCUCAGGAAAGGCUCCAACGGGGAUGGUGAUGAGCUCGAGUAUGAAGAGGAGCUCUACGUAGCGGGGAAUAUGGUGAUCUGGAGCAGAGGCAGCAGGAACCAAGCCUCCUACGUGUACAAAGCCUUCACUGUGGACAGCCCGGUGCAGCAGGCUUUGUGGUGUAACUUUGGUGUGCCUCAAAAUAAAAAAGAUGUGCAAGAAGUUGUGGAGCAAACGGUUUGCAUCGUGCAAAGCACGUAUGUGAAUGUUCACAGCAUGAGUGGGAAAGACUUUAUUUCCCCUCUGCCUUUUCAGGUUUCUACUCUGUGGCCGACCAAGUUCGGUCUUCUGUUUGAACGCAAAAACCCAGCUUCUGACGGCUCCAUGAGCCCUCCCAGGGAGCCCCUGCCCACCGUGUUCAGCAUGCUGCACCCCCUGAACGAGAUCGCCCCUGUGGUGUGCAGGUCCACUGGGCUGUUUGAAGCGUCCCGCGUGCAGUACGUCUCGGACAGCACUCUGCGGAUCGUCUUCUCCAGCUGUGAGCCAUCCUUCAUCAUGACCUAUGACACGGUGCAGUGCAUGCACACGGUCUGGGCGCUGCGGAAAGCCACGCCUGAGGAGAAGUCCACGGUGCUGAAGUAUCCCGUGCAGGUGGCCCCGUCUCAGAACGUCAUGGCCCCCAGCUGCCUCUCCACACACCUCCGCAAUGUCUCCAAGCUGGACUCCCCGGCCUCGCCCUUCCACAGCUACUCUCUGCACAGCCAGAAUCGGAUGGCCUCCUCCCCUGGUGUGCACUCUCGCACCCACUCCCCAACCAUCUCCAACAUGGCCGCCCUCAGCCGCGCCCACUCGCCAGGCCUCGCCGCGCCCUCCUUCUCUGGCGCCCAGCGCUUCAACAUGUCCUGCCAGUCCCCGCUGCCCCGGGGCCACAGUCUCCUGGCCUCGCCCAACAGCACGCUCAACGACUCAGUGGUCAUGUCCGAGGCGGAGCCCAUUGUUCCCGAGCUCUGCAUCGAGCAGCUCUGGACAGAGACAGCCUCCAGCUGCAGGGAAAAGAGCUGCCAGGCCUCCAAAGUGUUCAUCACGUCGGACCUGUGUGAGACCAAGCUCCUGUGCUUCCUGGUGGAGUCUCAUCAGCAGCUCAGGUGUGUGAAGUUCAUUGAAAGCAAUGACCUGUCCCAGCUGAUAUUUCUUUCUGUCACCACAAUACCUGCCAAAGAUGCUGCACCACUUGAGAACAUCGAUGCCAUGCUGGUUUUGGAGGCCAAUGGAAGUCUUGUUUUGUACACCGGCGUCUCGAGGGUGAGCAAGGUGUUUGUCCCAGGCUUGCUGUCACCCUCCCUCAGCCUGUCCAACCCCAUACCUCACCUCAGCACGCCCAUGGAUAGCGUCAGCACCCCGGCCAAACCAGUCACCAGGCCCAUGAGUUGCCUGGAUGAGGUGGCGAUGCCCUCCCCCGUGUCUGAGCUGAGGGGCUCGACGAAGCACCACGAGUCGUCGUGGCUGGAAGACUGCACCUUCCAGAGCGCCAUGCCCUACAUCCACGCCCUCAGGGACCCGGUCCACAACAGAGUCACUCUGGAGCUGAGCAAUGGCACGAUGCUUCGGAUUACCAUUCCAGAGAUCGCCACGUCAGAACUGGUGAAAAAGUGCCUGCAGGCCAUCAAGUUCAUCCUGCCCAAGGAGACGGCGGUGAAGGUGCUGAUCAAAUGGUACAACAUCUACAAUGCGCCCGGCGGGCCCAGUGCACACCUGGAGUGGAGCCUGUUCGUCACCUGCUUCAUGACCCUCAUGGGCUACAACACCGACAGGCUGGCCUGGACGCGGCAUCUUGACGUUGAAGUGCCUCUCUCCCCUGUAAUUGCGCCAAAGAAGGCCAGGCCCUCUGAGAUGGGGUCAGAUGAAGACUGGGAGUACCAGCGCAGCUCUGACUACCACUGGCAGGUGGAGUCUCGGCCGCUGGCCAGCGCGCUGCACCUGGAGCUCGUGGAGGCUCCGCCCAGCACGGAGGAGCCGUCCGGCCCCCUGUGGCUGGACCCCACCGCCCCGCUCUUCCCCCACGUCCCCGCCGUCUUCUUCGUGCUGCACCUGGUCUAUGAGGAGCUCAAGCUGGACAACCUGAUGAGGAGGGGAACCCGCUCACUGGUGGUGCUGCUGCAGCAGCUGGCCAGGGAUCUGCAGCUUGAAGAAUAUGUUGACCUGUACUGGCGAGAUUAUCCCUCAUUCAUCAAAACGCUCAGGGAAGCCUGCGUGAUUGACAAGGCUCAGAUGGAGCAGAUGAACAGGCCCUCCUUCCUGAAGGCGGAGCCUCCCUGUGUCUUCAGGUGGUUCAGCAGCUGCCUGCGGGGACAGGAGGUGGCCCCCUUCCCGUACCUGCCCGGCAUCUGCAAGAGGACCAAGCUGCUGGUGCUGAGCUUCGCGCUCUACAUCGUCGGCAACGAGGACGCCGUGUCCGGCGACGUGUCCAAGUACCUGUCGAAGGUCACCACAGGUCAGAAGAAGAAUCUCAAUGAGCAUGCUCUGAGAAGACAAAGCAGCAUCAAGCCCACUACACCAUGCAGCAGCCUGGCGGAAAAGCUUGUGAUCUGGCUCACAUCUGCAGGAUUCACGCUGAAAGACUUGGACUCGGUUCCCUUCGGCGUCGCUCUCCCGAUACGGGAUGCCAUCUACCAGUGCCGCGAGCAGCCGUGCUCCGAUUGGUCGGAAGACGUCUGCCUGUUGAUUGGGCGUCAGGACCUCACCAAGCAAGCGCACAAAGUCACUUUGGCAAAAGGCAAAUCGACGGUGAGCCCGGACUUAUCGCUGGACUCGCCGGCGGCCUCGGAAGCGGAGGAGGAUGAGGACGGCAUGAACGACAUGAACCACGAGGUGACGGGGCUGAUCUGGAGUCAGGACCUGCGUGUGCAGGAGGCCCGCCGCCUGUUGCAGAGCUCCCGGCCCGUCCGCGUCAGCGUCCUGCACCUGCCUGAGGUCAGCGACCACGAGUACAUCGAGGAGAAGGAGAACAAACUGCUGCAGCUCUGUCAGCGUACCAUGGCCUUGCCGGUCGGCCGGGGCCUGUUCACCCUCUUCUCCUACCACCCGGUUCCUACAGAGCCCCUCCCAGUCCCCAAACUCAACCUGACGGGUCGGGCCCCGCCCAGGAACACCAUGGUGGACCUGAACAGCGGGAACAUCGACGUGCCGCCCAAUAUGACCAGCUGGUCGAGCUUUCACAAUGGGGUGGCGGCGGGGCUGAAGAUCGCCCCCGCCUCCCAGGUGGACUCGGCCUGGAUCGCCUACAACAAGCCCAAAAGCGCCGAGCUGGCCAACGAGUACGCUGGCUUCCUCAUGGCACUGGGGCUCAACGGCCACCUCACCAAGCUGGCCACGCUCAACAUUCACGACUACCUGACCAAGGGUCACGAGAUGACAAGCAUCGGCCUGUUGCUGGGCGUGUCUGCGGCGAAACUGGGCACCAUGGACAUGUCAAUCACCCGUCUGCUGAGCAUCCACAUCCCCGCCCUGCUCCCGCCCACCUCCACCGAGCUCGACGUGCCCCAUAACGUGCAGGUGGCCGCCGUGGUGGGCAUCGGCCUGGUGUACCAGGCCACCGGGCACCGGCACAAUGCCGAGGUCCUCCUGGCAGAGAUCGGUCGACCGCCAGGGCCGGAGAUGGAGUACUGCACUGACAGGGAGUCCUAUUCGCUGGCUGCCGGCCUGGCUCUGGGGAUGGUGUGUCUGGGGCACGGCAGCAACCUGAUCGGCAUGUCGGACCUCAACGUGCCGGAACAGCUGUACCAGUACAUGGUGGGGGGGCAUCGCCGCGCCCACGCCGGUAUCAACCGCGAGAAACACAAGUCCCCCAGCUACCAGAUAAAGGAGGGCGAUACCAUCAACGUUGAUGUCACCUGUCCAGGCGCAACCCUUGCCCUUGCAAUGAUCUACCUGAAAACCAACAACAGAUCUAUCGCUGAUUGGCUGCGGGCUCCAGACACCAUGUUCCUAUUAGACUUCAUUAAACCUGAGUUCCUGCUCUUGAGGACCCUGGCACGAUGCCUCAUCAUGUGGGAAGAGAUCCUGCCCAAUGCUGAUUGGAUCAACAGCAAUGUGCCCCAGAUCAUCCAAGAAAACAUUGUUUUCCAGGAAGAAGUCCCAGUGUCUGAGGAUUUAAAUAUGGAAACCCUGGCCCAAGCCCAUGACUACAUCAUAGCUGGAGCCUGCCUGGCCGUGGGCUUCCGCUUCGCCGGCUCUGCCAAUUCAGACGCCUUCGACUGUCUGUACAAGUUUGCAAGGACCUUCAUGCAGUGCUUGACGGCCACAACAGCCACAGUGACGGGCCCCUACAACCUGCAGACGUGUCUGAGCAUGGUGCUGCUGGCCGUCUCCAUGGUGAUGGCGGGGUCGGGAAACCUGCGCGUACUGCAGCUCUGCCGCUUCCUGCACAAGAGGACCAGCGGGGAGAUGAACUACGGCUUCCACAUGGCCCACCACAUGGCCCUGGGCCUGCUCUUCCUGGGAGGGGGCAGGUACACCCUCAGUACCUCGAACUCGGCCAUCGCUGCCCUCCUCUGUGCCCUCUACCCCCAUUUCCCUGCUCACAGCACCGACAACAGGUAUCACCUGCAGGCCCUGCGGCACCUGGCCGUCCUGGCUGCUGAGCCACGCCUCCUGGUUCCAGUGGACGUGGACACCUGCAAGCCCUGCUAUGCCCUUCUGGAGGUCACCUACAAGGAGACUCAGUGGUAUGAGGAGACCACCGUGGAGCUGAUGGCCCCCACCAUUCUGCCCGAGCUCCACCUCCUCAAACAGAUUAAAGUUAAAGGGCCGCGAUACUGGGAACUGACAAUAGAUAUUAGCAAAGGAGCUCAACAUUUACAGUCUAUCCUGGCUCGGGACGGGGUGCUGUAUGUGAAGCUUCGGGCGGGGCAGCUCCCGUACAAGGACGACCCCCGGGGGUGGAAGAGCCUGCUGGCCCCCAAUGUGAACAACAGGAACCCUGAAGUGCGCACGUUCAAGCCUGAGGCCAUCUCCACCUUCACCUCAGACGCGGCCUUGGUCUCCUUUGCAGAAUAUUUCUGUAAACCCGCUGAGAACAUGAAACACAAACAAGAUACCUUGGCCUUGUUCUCUGCAAUCCUGUAUGAAUGCGUCACCCAAGAGAACCCUGAGAUGCUUCCGACCUACAUAGCAAUAGAUCAAGCGGUGAAGAGCCUGGAGAAGGGGGAGAUGAGCGAGACCUUCGCCCUGUGGCAGAUCCGGCUGGUCCUGGAGCUGUGCGAGUGCCGUGUGCUGCAGGAGAGGCUGCGGCAGCCCCAGGCCCACGGCCUGCUGCUCAGCUCCGAGUUCCUGCCCGUCAUGAAGUGCUCUGCCGACAGCACCCUGGACCGCUGGCUGUACGAUAACAGACACAUCCUCCGGGCCUACAUGAGCGGCCGUCCGCACUCAGAGGAUAUGGACACCAGCAUGCUGGCCUGCUUCUUGGUCUACCACUCUAUCCCCAAUGCUGGGAAGCUGGCCUGCACAGACCUGGAAGGUAGCAGCAGCUUUGCUGAGCUUCUCCUGAGGUUCAGCCAGCUGGGGGUCCCUGUGCGCUCCGCUCUUCGCCUGGGCCCGCUGCUACUGCAGACCAGUGAUGACACCGUGGGCAUGGUCCCCGUCUUCUGAUUGGCCCGAGGCGAAACUGCAGCCGCUCUUCCCGUCCUCUUAUUGGUCAGAGUCAACACCAAAGGCAGAGUCCCUGUCGUGUGAUUGGUUGGAGGUGGCACAGAGGGCAAUCUUCUUGUCCUCUGACUGGCCAGAGGCAGCUGCGUGGUGCUGUCCCUUCCCUCUGAUCUGUCAAGGGGUUAUUUGACCUUGUGUCACUGUCUCCUCUUCCACAAUACAAAGAACCACAGCAUAUCAGCCUGUUAAAACUCCAAAUAUCGUUAAAAAUAUCCUGCGGGAAAGUGUAUAUAAGCCUUUGUAUGUAUGUGAAAACUUUUUUCCAGUAUGAAUCUAA